CAUUUCUCAUCCACAUCAUCCACAUCACACAGAACCCGUAUCACACAUACCAUGGCAUCACGGGGCACCCCAGCCCCCGACCCCACCCCGCCAAUGGGUAACACCAAGCUCAUGGUCAACUACGCGACCCUCACGGCGGAAAUCAAGCCGAAGGACUACAUCGCCGGCGCGACAGAGUACCAUGUUGGCCCCACCCCACUCUUCGGCAAGGAGGGACCAGACGUCUUCUCCGCCAUCGUGUGGAAGCACCUCCAGCUCCCCUUGCACGACGCCGAUGUCGUACCCCCCUCGGGGUGCGCGGAGAACGGCUUCAUGUACGUGGGGGCCGAGUACUGCAACCUGCCUAGUGGCCCCAAGAAGCGACGUCGUCCCAACCGCAACAACCGCUCCAAGAAGAAGAAAAAGAACAAAGGAGCAACACUUGCAGCUGAUGACGCCGAGGUUAACGCUGCCUUGGAUGAUGCUUCCGCCGCCGAGGGCAGCGGCACGGUCGGCGAGACGACCGACACGAAGCAGCAAGUGUCCGCCGAGCCGCCGACCAAUAAGACGCCCAACGCGACGGCUACUCAGCAUACCCCGCCGAGCACCGAGGCACUCACCCAACCCAACGCCGUCUCACCGCCAUCCACGCCCGCCAUGCCGACCCCGGCGCCGAGCACAGUCGUGCCUUCCCCGCCCUCCGGGACGGAGCUCAACAUCCCGACCUUCUUCGACUUCUUCAACGGCCUCAUCAACUCCCUGCCGUGCGGCAACCUGAUCACGAGACACAAGCGUCGCGAGCUAGCUGCAACUGCCGUCGGGCUCAGCUCCGCGAGUAUCACCGUGCCGAGCGAGACAGCGCCCCUUAGGCCCAAGGAAGUCUUCCGCCCGGUGCCGCUGUCGUCCGACCCCAGACCCGGGGCGCCGACCACACCGCGACGCGUCGUGUCGCCGCCGCCCAAGUCUACUCGGACAUCCGUCAGCUCUGCACGCCCUAUAGCAGCCGAAAGCGAGGAUCAGCCUGGGCCUGUGGUCGCGGACAGCACGCCCAACCCCGGUGUGCCGACCGCCCUGACGGAACACACCAGCUCCGUCGAGGCGCUCGACACACCUGCGGUGGGUACUAUGAACACCCUACCGCCCACUCUCUCAAGUUCCUCCCACGACAACUCUGAUGGCAUUGAUCGCGACCCAUCGACCACAUCAACCCAAGAGUAUAUCAUCCGCGACGAGAUCAUUAUACUUUCGGGCAACAAGAUCAGGCCGCAUGGGGCAGCUCCAACUACCGCCAUCGCCGCUUCGCCAGCUCCAUCCCCGGUGGCAUCGCCAAUGGUGUCCACCCCGGUGCGUGUACCGAGCUUCGAGAGCCUCGACGAGGUGAUAGUCUUCCCGAUGAUUGUCAACGGCAGACCCAAGCCCGAGCAGACUUGCUUUUGCGAGACAUGCUGUAACCCGCCGGACCGGUACGCUAGGCUCGACGACACCGACCUCGAGGAGGACGAGGAGGAGGAGGAGGUGGAUGCGACGCUGCAGUGGCAGCUCGUUUGA